GCUUCAAUUCAUAAAAAAUUAAUAAAAGUUACAAAUAACUGUAAAUUUGUAGUGUUUUUAUGACUUAUACAUUUGUAGUUUUUGUUUAAUAUACUCAUUUUAAUUGAGUUGAAACCCGCAGUGUCGAUAAAUCAACAUUUUAUCAACAAUAUAUUAAUGCUGUCUAGUGGAAACGCCGCAACGAAACUGACAAACAAAACAAAAACAUUUUUAGUUGUUUAUUGAGCUUAGAAAAACUACAGAAAAUACUUUAAAAAGAAGCCAUGUUGCGUAGAACUCUGCCCUCCUACACAAGACCUUCUCUGCUAUGCCGACAUAUGUCUGUAGUGGCCAAAUCACUAAAGUAUACACAGCACGGCGAGCCGCAGGAUGUGCUACAGCUGGUUGAGGAUAAGCUGGCCGAUCCCAAGAACAAGCAAGUACUGGUAAAAAUUCUGGCCGCACCAAUUAAUCCCGCUGACAUCAAUACUAUACAGGGCAAAUAUCCCGUGAAGCCAAAGUUUCCAGCUAUUGCCGGCAAUGAGUUUGUGGGCGAGGUUGUUUGUGUGGGCGAUCAGGUGAAGAGCUUGCAGCCAGGCACGCAUGUGGUGCCGCUAGCUUCUGGCCUGGGAACCUGGACCACGCACGGUGUCUUCAAUGAGGAGCAUUUACUUGGCAUUUCAAAUAAAGUGGGCCUGGCGGAGGCGGCGACCAUAACUGUGAAUCCCUGCACCGCCUAUCGCAUGCUCAAGGACUUUGUGAAACUAUCGCCUGGUGAUACGAUCAUACAGAAUGGCGCCAACAGCGGCGUGGGCCAAGCCGUGCAUCAGCUCUGCCGCGCAUGGGGCAUCAAGAGCGUGGGCAUUGUGCGCAAUCGCCCAGAGAUUGCAGAACUAAAGAAGAUGUUGCAGAGCCUGGGAGCCACCGCUGUGUUGACUGAGGAGGAGAUGCGCACCAGCGACAUAUUCAAGUCAGGCAAACUAAAGCGUCCCCAGCUUGCCCUCAACUGUGUGGGCGGCAAGAGUGCAACCGAGGUGUCGCGUCAUCUGAACGAUCGCGGUGUUAUGGUCACCUAUGGCGGCAUGUCUCGGGAGCCGGUGACCGUUGCCACGGGACCUCUUAUCUUUAAGGACAUUGCAUUCCGUGGCUUCUGGAUGACGCGCUGGGCCAAGGAGAACUUCAACGCAGCGGAGCGUAAGCAAAUGUUUCAGGAACUCUGCCAGCUGAUAGAACAGGGCAAGUUCGUAGCGCCCACGCAUGAGAUGGUUCCGUUGUCCAAGUUUAAGGAUGCAGCGGCUGCAGCGCUGAACUUUAAGGGUUUCACUGGCAAGAAAUUCAUAUUGGACAUGAGCUGUUAAAUGUUAAAUUUUUAGUUGCCGAUGACCAACUAUGAUUGCUUUUAU